ACGUGACCUCUUUCCAGUCUCAUCGAAGUCGUCUCUGGACCUCCUGGUCCUGUUUCUAAUUCUGGUCGAAGAAGAACGAUGGGGAUCAGCAGCAAGAUGGUCGCGCUGUGCAGCUACGAGACCACGAAGCUGGUCCGCAUCCACAGCGUCCGGCUGGGUUCGCUUAAAUGGACUUUGAACGCAACGGUGCUCCUCGUUAUAUGUGGGCUGAUGUUGUGGAACAGGAAGUACCAACAAUUUGAUGGGGUGGUCAGCUCUGUGACUGCCAAGGUGAAAGGCGUGGCCUCCAUGCAGCUCCCCGGCGAGGGGGUGACCAUCUGGGAUGAGGCUGACUACAGCGGACUUUCGCAGGACAAGAACUCUUUCUUUGUGAUAACCAACCUCAUUGUUACUAAGAACCAAACGCAAGGACGAUGCCCAGAGCCUCCCUCCAGUGGUCGUCGGUGUCAACAUCACGAGGACUGCGAGCGAGGCGCCUGGGACCCUCACAGCCACGGUAUCCAGACAGGCUUGUGCGUAAGAUUCGAUGCAUUGACAAGAACAUGCGAAGUAGCGGCCUGGUGUCCUAUAGAAGAUAAGCACAAGCCACCUAGGCCUGCUUUGCUGGCAUCUGCUGAGAAGUACACGGUUCUCAUCAAGAACAACAUCCGCUUUCCUGCCUUCAACUUUAUCAAGAGGAACAUCUUACCGGAGAUGACGGAGGCCUACCUGAGCAGAUGUCAGCAUGCGAAUGACUCUUUGUGUCCAAUCUUCAUGCUGGGAGAUGUUGUCAAGUUGGCUGGGGAGAACUUCUCAACAAUGGCUGUGGAGGGAGGCGUAAUAGGCAUCCAGAUCAAAUGGGAUUGCAACCUAGACCAUCUGACAAGACGCUGCCUGCCUGCCUACUCUUUCAGACGUCUGGAUCAGAAGGAGAGCAACAAGACCCUCUCCCCCGGGUUCAACUUCAGAUUUUCAAAGUACAAGAUGGUGGAUGGUGUGGAGAAGAGGACUCUCUACAAAGUUUUUGGCAUCCGCUUUGACAUCAUGGUCUUUGGGCAGGCGGGAAAGUUCAGCUUUAUUCAACUCAUUGUCUACAUCGGCUCAACGUUAUCCUACUAUGCUCUGACAACUAUUCUGAUGGACUGGCUGAUCGGGACAAGCUCCUACGCGGCCGAACCGGGACAGACCUACUCCGAGAAGAAAGUGGAGUCCAUCCCAGACAAAAAUGAGCGUGUUCUGUGCGUAUCCUAUAUGGACGAGGACAACAUCCGUUUGGUGAAAAUGUCUCGCAAGAAACGCUUGCAGGACGCCAAGACCAUUCGUGUUCAGACACAAAGGGAGGACAUAGGACACAUGAUGGCCACUCUCUGUCUCCUUCGGGACCCUCAGUCCUUCACAGCUUCCUUCUCCAAAUCCCAAGGCCAUCCUCCAAAUUGGUGCAAGUGUGGUUGCUGCAGCGCCUCCGCCCUCCCGCAGGAGGAGUUGUGCUGCCGGCGCAGCAAUGAAGGCGCCUGCGUGUCCACCUCGGUGUUAUUCCACAAGUUUGCACUUCAACGCCCCCUCCUGGAGGAACUGCUCCUCUACCGAGACCCCCUCACUCAGACACCGCCCAGCGCAGCCGCUUUACGGCGCUGCGCCUACCGCCAGUAUGUGGCCUGGAGGUUUGGCGUCCCACCACCGGACACCCGUCCUGCCAUCCCACGCUGCUGUGUGACCAAAAUCAGAGAGGCAUUCCCUAGCCUGGAUGGGCGAUACAGCAGUAAUGAAGCAGAAAUAUGACUGAAAAAGAUGCUGUCAAGACUUUGUUACUCUUAUCAAAAAGCACAUUUUUGUAUAGCGGACGUUCAUUAUUUGUUUGUAAAGGUAUUCCAGAUGUAUGCAUGGAAGGGACAAAAUACAUCUUUCUCUGAUUAUAUCUAAUCACAUUUAUGUGGAACAAACUGUUUGUCUUCAAAUAAUCUGCACUACUAAAGAUGUUACCACAUCCUCCAUAUGUCUCGGAGUGGUGACUACAGAAGGUGGAAAUGAAAGAGGCAAAGAUAAAAUAAUUCGCCAAUAAAAAUAAUACAGAACACUCGAGUCCCAAUAAAAGUAAAAUAAAUAGUGUAUGUAUAUUGUGUUCUCUAAGGGCAGUGGUGUUGCUAGGGUUUCUUGGGCAACCAAGCAAGAAAUCCCUGAGGCCCCCUCUCCAUCUAUGCACAAUGCAAAAAUUAGAUUUAUCCACACAUAAAUGCACAAUAAGUAAAUAAUGUAUAAGGCCACACCAGAAGAAAAAGU